CCUGAGGAGCAGGAAGGUCAGACGGUAAAGGCCGCCGCCAGCUCCCGCAGUUGGCAAGCUACAGUGGUGGGAGAUGGUGCUGCGGGCGGUGAGCACCGGGCUACACAGGCUGUCUGCCACACCUAAAUACCUCCCUUCACUCAAGUCAUGCACGAGACAGAAAAGCAGUGGUGGAGGCCUGAGGUUGAGCUACGUGUCACACCCAGGACAAUGGCCACUGAUGGCCAUGUCGGUGGGCCAGCUGGUGGAGCGCGCCCACGACCAGUUCGGUGACCGGGAAGCCGUUGUGUCCAUUCACCAAAAUAAGAGGAGGACAUUUUCACAAAUUAAACAAGAGAUGGAGCGGCUAGCAGCUGGUCUACUAGCCGUGGGUCUUGAUCGUGGGGACCGUGUGGGUAUCUGGGCACCCAACACAUACGAGUGGUACCUGACACAGAUGGCUGCUGCCUCGGCUGGUCUGGUGCUGGUUAAUAUCAACCCAGCCUACCGCCCUAAUGAGCUGGAGUAUUGCCUCAACAAGGUUUCUGUCAAGGCCAUUAUCUGUGCAGAUAAAUUCAAAACAUCAGAUUAUUAUAAGAUGCUGUGUGAUCUUGCUCCAGAGUUACCAACUUCCGCCAAAGACGACCUCAAAAUAUCCAGACUGCCUUUCUUGAAGAAAGUGAUCAUCUGCUCCGAGAGAGACUUCAGCGGAACCUACAAGUUUGGAGAUGUACUGGAGGCUGGUGACAGUUCACACUUGAAGACUCUCCACAACAUAUCUUCCAAGAUCAAGGUCGACGACCCGUUCAACAUUCAGUUCACUUCGGGGACGACGGGGCUGCCCAAGGCCGCCAUCCUCACUCACCACAUGGUCGUCAACAACGCAUUUUCAAUUGGCAAACGCUCAGAAUAUGACAAGAUGGCCCACCGCGUAUGUGUACCUGUGCCACUGUACCACUGCUUCGGCUGUGUGGCCGGUACACUGGGGGGGCUCCAUUUCGGCGCCACCUGCGUCAUGCCCAGUGAAGGCUUUGACCCCGAGGCUUGUAUUCAGACCAUUCAGGAUGAGAGGAUCACGUCUUGCUAUGGCACCCCGACCAUGUUCGUUGACAUCCUCAACGCUCAACACAAGAAGCCCCGAGACGUAAGCUCCUUAUCGACAGGAGUAAUGGCAGGAGCGCCGUGUCCUCAGGAACUGGUGACGGCUCUCAUGAAUGAUCUCAAUAUGAAGGACUUUUUGGUGAUGUACGGCAUGACGGAAACCAGCCCCGUCACCUUCCAGUGCUACCCGUCAGACCCGCCGGAGUUGAGGUCCUCUACGAUUGGUUACCCCACGGACCACAUCGAGGUGAAGGUAGCUGACGAAGAUGGCCAGGUAGUCCCAGUGGGAGAGUCCGGGGAGCUCUGCAUCAGAGGCUACUGUAAUUUCUUAGGCUACUGGGAAGACCCGGAGAAAACCGCCGAGAUCAUGGGUGUUGACAGAUGGCUCAAAACCGGGGAUCUGGCCGUUCUUCAACCGGACGGUUACUGUCGCAUCAUCGGCCGCAUCAAGGACAUGAUCAUUCGCGGGGGAGAGAACAUCUACCCGGCGGAGGUGGAGAACUUCCUCUUGAGUCACCCCUCCAUUAUUGAGGCUCAGGUGUUUGGUGUUCCGGACGCCAGGAUGGGGGAAGAGGUGGCUGCUUGGAUCCGCAGAGGUGACGAUGCUCAGCUAGAUGAAACUAUUCUCAGAGAAUGGUGCAAAGGCAAGAUUGCUCACUACAAGAUACCUCGCUAUAUCCUGUUCAAGGAGGAGCUGCCGAGGACUGUGACCGGCAAGAUCCAGAAGUUUGUGAUGAGAGACGCGACAGUGAAGGAACUAGGACUCGAUGUCCCGCCACCGGUGCAGUAAUGGGGUCACUUUACACAGUGCACUAACUGUACUAUACGCUACAGUAUACAAAAUGCAGUACUUGUAGACUAAUGCUCAAAUACAACCAUGAAACCAGUUGCAUAGAUUUUUGGGUAAUUAUGCACUUGAUAAAAAUCUAUUUACCCACCAAUGAAUCUGAAUCAAACAGGUAUAUAUUUUAUUAAUGGUUUAGUGACCACUUCAUUAUAUUGAACUCGUGUAAACGAAAAUUAAUAAUAUUUUGGAAUAAGAAGAUCCACUGUUCUGAUCCACUGUGUCUUUGAAACGCAAGGUUAUUAACUCCUCUAUUUGAGAGGAAUACUGCUAAGCUCUGCCUUACACAUAUGUUUACUGACGAUGAAUAAUUAAUGCACAAGAUUUAAUUAGAAAUAAUUACAACA